GAAAUCGGCACCGACCAGAGCUACAUAGGGAAGCAAAUCAAUGGCUAUUUGCAGAUCAAGUCUUGGUGCGCGGAUGGCAUCGUUAUCGCUGGUGCUCAUUAGUCUGAUUAGUCUGGUAUCUCGAGUAGAUGCACAGCGUCUGCCAACAAACAACUGCGGCAAUAUUUUACGAUAUCAGCGUCAAGGCGACAGCUGGAUCGGUAUUUUGAAGGCAUCAACAAAUGGCCUUAGAGAAUUGGAAUGGAGAUUACAUUUCAACUACCUCGCAUCUAAUCAGGUAAGCCCUGGUUUCUAUAAUGGCAAUUAAAUGGCCUUUUCAAUUGAGCAGGAUUCUGUUAAUUUUGGAGAAGUGCUGUCCUACCCUGAUGAUUCCACAGCCGUUAGAAUCCUUUUAAAAGGCGGACAGGUUGAGAUGUACUUACGCUUCCGAAACUUUAACGUUGAGUUGCCAAAAUUAGUCCUUGCCGAACUCAAUGGCGUACGGAUGUGCACAGCUGAAAUAUCGCUAGGCGCUGGUUCGACUUCAUCUGCACCCACAUAGAUCGCGAACGCUCAAAGAAAGCGGAGAUCUACUCCUACUAUGGCUUACGUGCUCGAAAUGGAAUGUCAACGGCACCACCCUUGGAUAUUAGAAGAUUACCGACAACUUCAGAAAUAAUUGUCCGUGUAAGGCCUCCUCCGCGUGUACAGCCCCCAGCAGAUAAAUGUGGUGAAGAAGGUCUUAUUGCACUGUUCAUUGGUGGCACAAAUGUGCCAAGAGGGCGUUUCCCCUGGGUAGCACCUCUGUACCACGAUGACAAUCCCGAUCCGUACGUCGUUGAUCUAAACUACAAAUGUGUGACAACACUGGUAUCGACCCGCACAGUAGUUACUGCAGCGCAUUGCAUUUGGGGCAAAAAACGCGAGGAAAUGCGCGUCUAUGUAGGCCGCCAUGAUCUGGAAUCGUAUCCCGAGGAGGGCGCCGUUCUAAUGGAAAUUCAGAGCGUUCAUACACAUCCGGACUUUAUAGGCGAUGUGGUGCCCGAUUCGGACAUAGGCAUACUAGUCUUCACCACUCAUGCGACAAUAUCUAGCUAUGUACGUCCCAUAUGCAUGUGGUCGUUGAAAGCUUCCUCCAAUGAAAGCUUAUUCGAGGAAGCAGUUGUAGUUGGGUGGGGAGUAGAUAAGAACCAGAAUCACUUACGCUUUCCCAAGUCCGCUGAGAUGCAGAUUGUAUCAAGGGAGACUUGUCAACGGAAAAUGAUCUCCGCCAUUCAUUUCUUGACUUCUCGCACACUCUGCGCUGGCAAUAAAGAUGCGCAUGGUCCCUGCUCCGGUGAUUCGGGGGCUGGACUCAUGGUCAAAAUAAACAAUCAAUGGACCCUUAGAGCUGUCGUUUCGACGGCCCAGCGCUUGGGCAACACCUGUGACUUGAGUGGUUACGUCAUCUAUAGCGAUGUAUCAAAGCAUCUUCAAUGGAUUGAGAGCAAAAUUGUGCGAUAAGAGCAUUUUUUAACAAAUAAAUACUAUAUAUAUAUAUUG